AUGGCUGCGGCCAAAGUUGAACGGCUAGAAAGAGCGAUCAAUACUUUAGAAGCUGCUCUGAAGGCAAAUGAUCUUAUUCCAUCUAGCAAGAAGACUGUUUCUUAUGAUAAAGAACGAAAUGCUUGUACAGAAAUCAGAAGCAUCAUUGUUGCGAACGACUUCAACAACCUUUAUAAGGCAGAUCGUCGCUAUGGCGAUCUCCUUGCAAAAGGUGUUGAAAUGAUCUUUAGAAUGGUGAAUCAUGUUGAUCAGGAUAUUCGAACAUACGCUGAGGAAUCCUUGGACGCUGUGUUAAGGAGUCUUCUGCUUGGCUUUUAUCAUUCUCGAGUACUGGUACUACUUAUUACCGAGAUCGGACGCACUAACGCUGCUAGAUCGGUGGUGUGUGCUCUCCGACGUUUAGCUCACCUCGUUCACUUCAGUAAAUGUAAUCGCGUCGUGAGUUACGGAGUUCACAUCCUUUCGGCACUGACAGCAUUGAUGAAAAGGCCAGAAGAAGCCAUUCAAAGCGCAAUAAUUUCCUAUUCUGGUUUACUUUUUGAUACGCUUGGCCCAAGAAUGAGAAGUCAACACUCGGAGAAAGCUUUUGACCUUUACUGUGCUGCUGCAGACAACCUCGAAUUGAAUGGAACUGCAAAUCGAGCUGCCGUUACAGUUAUUGCUCAAAUCGCUACAUAUUAUCCAUCAGUGAUGAACAAAGCUUUCCUCAGAUGUAUGGUGAACGUUCGAGAUGCUGAUGAUGUCUCUAAUCGCACUCGACUUAUUGGUUCACUGAACACAUUGAAGGCUAUUUGGCCACUUCUUUCUGAGCCAGGAUGUUCCGUUACACAGGAUAAUAUCAAAAUUGUCAUAUGUAGUGUCUUGUGUUGUCUCUAUUCUACAUUUAGUGAGGUUAUCGUUCCUAGUAUCGAACUUCUGGAAAAAAUCAUGACCAACCCGCUUCCUUGGUUACGGGAUUUUUUGCCUUUAAAUUUUGACGUAGCUCCAUCAUUUCUAUCAAAACUUUCAAGUGUUGAUCGUCCUUCUCGAAGUGGUUCACCUAUACCUGGGAUUGAAUCCUCGCUCCCACCUUCUUCCCUUGGAUCCAUGCUUGAUGUGGCAGAGCCCAGUGUUGAUAUAUGCGACUUCAAUGCUCCGUUACUGUUACCCGAACGUACUUCAGACCCGUCAACAAGUGGGAAUUCUACACCUACAAUUGAGGAUGAGAUUAUUGAUCCUCUUAUCCAUGCUGAUUUAUACGAAGAGGUUACUAAGGGAGACAAGUUUGGAAUUGAUGCGGUUUCGACCUCACAACAACCAUUUGGUUCUCCUGACGAAUCUCUCGGAAUUCUCAAACAUCUCCCUCGAGACGUUUGCGACAAUUCCGCUAAUUGUUUUGUCUACACGGCAGCUAUGCUUGGAAAACGGUUUUUACUGGCUGGAUUGAAGGGGCUGAAGAGUGAUCGCGAUGUACGGAUAUCGCACAAGAUUCUAGCUUUGAAUUGUAUAACAACAAUUACAAAGCACGAGAAUCUUUCCAAAACAACAUUACUGUUUGGCGAUUUCGAGCAGAAUUUGACCGAAGUUUCGCGAUUUAUUUUACACGACGACGACCAGUUGUGUGCUUCAACCGUCGCUUUCCUUUUUAGCCUGGACAAGUACGAUACUGGCAUCGGUGACAACUCUCAUAAUUAUCGACGUGUAAUGAGAGCCUUCCAACCUAUAAGAAAACGGUCGGUGCUGCAGGCGGCUAUUGGUCAACAGCAUAUCCUCAGUGCCCUUGGAAUUCUUCCAGAAGCUCUUCAUCUAGCAACCGUUGAGGUGUCGUCGACAUUCUUUUUGUUGAAGGUUACUUGCGCAGAGUUUUUAAGUUCGCUGAAAUGGAGUUUGAUGAGUUCUUCUAUAAGAAACGAGUGGCAGUAUCAGUGUCUCAACGCUUAUUUUGAUCUUUUGUUUUCUGAUGACAGUAAAGUUGCGCAAGCUGCGCUUAAUGGGCUAGAGCAGUUGGUAAAAAAUUCUGACUUUACUGAGUAUUCUGGAGUAUUCGCUGCUCGGGUUCCAGAUGAUCUAAUCUCUUUCGAAAAGGAAUCUCUACCAGCGGUGCUGAAUAUGCCCAAUGAAUAUCGAUUUCGGGGAGAAUCCCCUGAUUUUGUUGUUGAAUCGAACUUGGAGGAGAUUUUGAGUGAAUUAUCUGAUUAUCUUACUACUAAUGUGCUGAAGCGAUCGGCUGGCUUUUGUUUUACACUGGAGGCCUUGUUAAAGGCAUUUCCACCUUCAGUGUAUCACGAUUCCUGGGAUUGUUUAAGCAAACAGCCGUCGACAACAACCGGUUUCCUCUCCACUGUCUUAGAACUAUGCGAGUUAAAUCUCAAUUCCACUCACAAACUCUCUGCAGGCCUUAGAGUCAUAGCUGCUCUAUUUGCAGCUCACUGCGAAAGUUACAUGAUGAACGUGGUCCAAGAGCAAGCCACUGUUGAUCGUUUAACGUUACCACGUCUACCAGAUCAACUUCUUCUUGAUCGACUUUUGUUGAUGCCCUUAAGAGUGCUGAACAUGUAUUACUCAUUAAUUGCGGAAUAUCGUUCGGUGAUAUCACAAUCCUCAACAUCCAUUUUGUCUCGUCCGACACUUUCACCUCUGCCAACGAAGAAGAUUUCUCCUUCACGUAUCGCCGAUAUCUCAAGGCUACUAGGAACAAGUAUUCAUCCGACUCUUCAGACCAGCUACCUCGAAUGUCCCACUGUAAAACAAAUAUUCCACAGUGUUGAAGGGGCCCAUAGGAAUUUCUUGGAAAGACUCGAUGGCGAAUGUGAAUCGAGAUUUGCCCUCUUACUUCAUGCGGCUCUGGACUGCUUAGGAACAAUGUGUGAAAUGUUGACGUUUUCCCAGUUGCGUCCACUGCUGCAAGAAAUUCUGCUCUAUGUUAAGGUGACUUUGGAAGUCUGUCCAGAUGGUUGUACAAAACUACUUCAUCAGUUAUUCAAAGUUGUUUUCGGAAAAAACACAGCUAAUAUCAACUUGGACAUUCUACAAUCCAUGAAAAUGAAGGAUCCUCUUCCUCCAUUGAAUGAAGCCGAGAUGCUGUAUCUUCGUUAUGCGAAUGAAUUCACGUUGUUUUCUGCAUUUGUUAGUCGAAAGGAGUACAUGGAUACUUUUGUGCUGAGGAGCCUUGGUUGGCUUAAGACAGACAUGCUGUCAAAAGUGCACAAUCCGCCUCCCAACGAAAUCACUCCAGCGCUUGAGCUAUUUGAAGGAUUUGUGACAGUCUUGCUGCAGAUCUACGGAGCAUUUCAAUCCAUUCCAUGCAAACGUGCUAUACUUGGAGUGAUGUGCGAAUUACCUCGAGAUGGUAUCAUUUAUGCGAUGGCUGACCCUAAGAAAGUGCUGUUUGAAUCAGUUACCACCCAAUUGUAUGAUCCAGGCACAGGCAACAAAGAGUUAUUAACUGAGAUAGCACUAUAUCUUAUUGUGUUGGCAAGAACUACCGUCAUAAAAUAUGAUCAGGUUUCUCGAGUUGCUGUUGAGCUCAUUGAAAAAGCUGUCCAAAGCAAUGUAAAUGAAAUUCUCUCUGCUGUCGAGGUAAUACUGCUGGAAAUGUUGUUCGUACAGCGUUCUGAUCCUCAAGUGAUUUAUUCGGCUUUUCAAAACAAAUCAAAAAGUUUGUUCAAGAUGAGUAGUCAACGCACGCUACUGCUGUGGACUCUGUUUCUACAUGCUUCGAGAAGCGACGAAAAUCGAUGGUCCUCCACGUCAAUAGAUUUCUUCGCUGCUUACUCCGAAUUUUCGAUGGAAUCCUCUGACUCGGCGCUGAACCACUCAGUUUUUGCGGUAGUAACGACACUUGCGUGCAUGGUUCCAGCUAUGUAUCGACCUGUAGAUAGCGUUUUCCAGCUAUUCCAAAAUUCUAUCGAUAAUGAGGGAAUUACUUUAAAUGUGAAGCUUAAACGAAGUGUUCCUCUGCUUUUCUCCAUUUUUAACAAUGUGGCUGAGGAGAAGUUACUCAUGCGGAUUGAGCAAAUGAUGGAAGAACCAUUAGAAUGGCUUGUGGGCAGUAUUUACUACCUUCUUUUGUCAAGUUCACUAGUUGCGGCGAAAAGUGAUGGCAUAGUAGUGGAGUACACACUUUUCCUUCUUCAGACAGUGGUUAACUUGAUUAAAGCAGAAAGCUAUCCGAAACUUUGUGCUGGUCUACAGGCUCGUCUUAAGAAAGCCGACUCGCUCCCAAUUCGUCCUCUUGUCGCCACCCAACCUGCUCUUUUGUCUCAAUGGCUGCAGUUAAUGCAUCUCUGUGAUGAGCCAGCGGACAAAUAUAUAGAUUUUGAUCAGUGCACGGAAUAUGUAAUAAGGCUGGUUGACUCAUUUUCACCAUCACCAGAUGAUCUGGAUUUAGAAGAUUCGGAGGACGACUUACCUCCAACACCUGCUUUGCUAACAGAAACUCCUCUUGUAGAGUUCUGCAGGACAAUGUUCAUAGGAUCGUUAUGGUGCAGGCAUCCAAGAGUGUUUCGUACAUUGCUGUCAUUAGAGUCACCGGAUAUUUAUUAUGUGUAUGAGUGCAUUACUGACGAUAGACGCGAAUGUUUCCUUGGACAUCUUCUGAACUCUAUGUCAGCAGGGCUCGUUUCGCAGAUGGCGUUUCCUGAUGCAUACAAGACUGCAGUUUCAAAAGCACAAGAAGUCCUAGACAUUGUCUACGACCUCGUCGAAUUUGAAGGAGAAAUUGACAAAAAUGCGUUACGUCUAAAGGUUUUUGUGCUAUCGCGCCUGCCUAAGCUGAAUGCUCAUGAUCUGGCGUGGGGCGAUUUCACCUCUAAUGAAUUAGUCGCCUUGUUAGACUUUGCUGCAGAGGAAAUGACUCUUCCUGCUUGUAAUAUGCGAGCUACCUGUGAUGGGUUGAUUUUUUUACUGGAACACAAAUCAACGAGAGAAAUAUUUUCAAGAGAUAUUUACUAUGGUAUUCUGAGUAUUAAAAAAGUUCUUGAAACAAUCCUUCUGCUUCUUGGAGGGAAACAGCCAUGGAAGUUUGACCACUCAUCAGUUAUUGAUAAAAUUAGCAUAGUAACGGGUAACAAUGUUGUUUCUUCAUCAGAUUUCGAUGAUUUUGGCGGUUUGGACGGGUUCAUAGGUACACUAUUCAAUGAUGUGCAUAAUAUUUGUCAUAUAUACCGACCUCAAGUCUCCAAAGAUCUACAACAUCUUGAGAAAUUUUGUAGAGUGCUUUUACGACAUCCGGUGCUGCAUCGUCUAGCAAUAGUCCCAUAUACUGCUUUAAAGAUGAACUGGAAGCUUCGGAUUGAAUUGCGAGAAAAUGCAAUACACGUACCAUUGGUGAACAUCCAUCUUUUGUCCAACAUGGACAUUCUCAAUGAUUUUACGUGGAGGAUUAAUUGGCUUGGUUGGAUUUCUCGUCAGCAGUUUGAAGACUUCUGGAUGUCACUUUUUGGUGUGCUUUCAUCAACUCCGACGGGCAACGAGCUCACCUCGGAUAGCUCAGCGAACCUUGCUGAGCAAAUUCUAGCCAGUAGUCUUGCGGUUUCUGUUCUUACGGAUAUUCUUAUAUGUAGUCUUCUCUAUCCUGAACCUGGUAAUCCACCAACGGGUCGUUUUAUCAUUAAACAUCGCGAGCGAAAUGAACCAUUCUAUCAGUCGAAAUCCAUGCAAAUACUGUGCUGGCUGAAAUCACGUUUGACUCGUGAUCAAGAACCAUUGCAGGUGUACCGCAGAAAUCUAGAACGGCUCAAUUACAAGGGAGAAGAAUAUGGAUUUGGUCAGUUGUCCGCUCUGUCGUUAUGGACUUUGACUGGAGUACUGAACGAGGAGAACCCUCAGCAAUUGGGUAAAACAGAUAGUCCGAAAAUGCGUAUUUCACUGUCAGAAUAUCUUCUAAAAACUACAUGUGAGCUUGAUACAGCUUCAUCAGUGCGAGCGCUGUUUGAGAACUAUUCACAUUGGUUCGCUCGGGGCCUACAGCACCUUCCUUUACCAUUGUUGUCGUCUACAGUUAAAUCGAUGGCAAUACUAUCUGAUUUAUUCGAUGACUCAGCCUCAUACGAGUUCUUAUACGUUCAAAUGAGGAAUGUGUUUCGAGGAGGCUUCCUCACAGGUCAUCCCGAUAUCGGCUAUGUAAUUUAUAGUCUGCUGAAAUCGGUAACAGUUAUUGGUUUAGAAAAUGCAUCAAGAGGUAUGACAGAAGCUGACAUGGCGAAACAGAUUCUUACAUGGGUUGAGUACGGCUUAACUUUUUGGUCACCUUUUGUUCGCGAAGCCACAUUGCACGGAUUUAUCUACCUCUUACAAUCCAUGACGUUGGACCCGUUAAAACCUGUCGUCCAAUACGUGACCGGGUUUUUAUUAGAAGAAACAAAAAAGCAGCUUUCUGUGACUGAUCCAAUUAACGUAAUGGACAUACCAGCAUCGCUUGAGUAUUCCAAUCUUUUGUGGGCUGUAUCAUUUCGAAUUAUGGAAGAACCGCUACAAGUCUCAUUCAAAAACACGUUGAUUCAGCGAACCUGUGAAACUUUUACUGUGAUGAAUUUACCACCAUAUCUCUUACCGGUUGUUACUAGUGGUAUCGAAGCGCUUGCACUACAUAGUGCCAGUUAUUUGCCGCAGUUCCUUCAAUUAGUCCAUGGUUGUCUUAAAUCAUAUGCAACGAUCUCUUCCACUUUUCAAUAUGCGCUACGCGUUCUCAUAGUUUGUGUCUUUAGACAAGAAGCUGAUCCACGAAGGGCAAGUGCUCAGAAAUUUGAACCAAUCUUGGAGGAGUUGUAUAGUGUAUAUCGGCGAUGUGAUGUACGUGAUGCCGAUUUGAUAAGUUUUGUACUACCGUCUGUUCUACUUCGUCUUUAUCCUGAAGAACGUGUACUUAGUGUAAUAUUAGAUUUUUGUGCCCCUCUAAAAACAGGUAAUUAUCCGAACCACAUCUGUCAAUCGCUGCGAAUGAUGUUUGAGUUUUUCGAACGAAUGAGAGACAGUCAGCGUCUUUCGUCAAUGAUGGUGUUUGCACAGCAAGUAAUUUCACGUCUACAAACAAAACCAAUUUCAUCCAGAGAUGACCGAGCUGUAGCUAGUUGCUUGCUGUCUGCCAUAUCCCCAUAUGAGGAUAUUGCCUACAGAUUUCACGUUUAUUUGGCCUCGGUGGAUUCAUCGGAAACAUUCGAAGAAUCAUACGAAUUCUUGAUGAGGAAAGCCACUGAAGAGUACUCGUCAUCUUGUUAA